UAAUAUAGUAAAUAGGCAAAAAGUGGACAGUGUGGAGGCUAUCUUUAAUGUGCACUCAUAUUCUCGAAACUUAGAACCGUAUUCUUGUUCCUUCUUUUGGUCUAUUCAGAUAUUAGUGUUAUUCUUAUCUUUAAAUUAUUCAUUGUAUUGUAUGCAAUAAGCAUUUUUUUGUAACAGACAACAAGUGGAUAUAAGCACCAAAAAGUGGUAAACUGUUUAUACAUACAUACAUACAUAUAUUGGUAAAUUUUUGCGAAAUGGAUUCUACCUCAAAUAUCGUGGAAAAAGUAGUCGAACCAAAUAAUGAAACGAAAGAUGUUCAUGCUGAUGUGGAUAACGAUAAAUCAGCCGAAAAACUUUUGGAUUCAACGAUUGACACCGACCAAUCUGUGAUCCUAACAUGUAAUAAAAACGACGACGAAUUAAUAAUUGAUGAAAGUGCAUCCAAAGAGUGCAAAUCAGAAGAAAAUAUUACAUCAGGUGAAGCAGUAUAUUCAGCCCCAAGCGCGGCAACUAUAAUUGAUAAAGGGUUAAUACCUACUGGUUCUUUUGAAGAUAAUACAAAUGAUGGAAUAAAUGAAAGCUCAAGCGCGGCUACUAUAAUUGAUAAAGGGUUAAUACCUACUGGUUCUUUUGAAGAUAAUACAAAUGAUGGAAUAAAUGGAAGCUCAUAUAUAGAAUCCGAAAACCAGACCGUAGAAGAUUUGUCUAUGAAACCAAGUUUAUCUAUUAUUCAAGAAAAUUCACUUGCUAAUAUUAAAAUCAAUUCGAUUAACACUGAUUCUGAGGCUACCCCAAAAGAUAAUAUAAUAGACGACACAAAUAUUGUAAGCGCAUCGAAUGAUGAAGAAGUACCUGCCCAAGAAGAUGAGGGCGAACACGUUCGAAGUAUAGAGGAUGGCAAAUUGCACGAUUGCUCAGAAUCGUUAACGGAAAAAAAUCCCAAUGAACCUACAACCAUUUCACCUGACCUGUUCAGCGAAUGCACGAAAAGCGAAAUCGUUACAUCAACCAAUCCUGUCAAUAAAUUGGAAGAGCUUAGUGAAAAUGUUAAAUGCAAAAAUGAAGAAUUAUUCCACAAGCUGUUGGAAGAAAGUACCAAUCAAUCUAACAAUUUUAAUUCACAAAUUCGGGAAAGUGGUCGUGUGGGACUAUCUGAUCAGAACGAAUUUAAUAACCAAAUUCUGGAAAUAAUAUCGGACAUAGACAUAAACAUUAAAGCACAAGAAAAAAUAACUCAGCUUAAAGAACAGGAAUUAAAACUUAUUCAGAAACAAAACGAUUUGGCAAAUCAAAUUCAACAGCAACAGAUCUUAGCACAGAAGUUGAGUGCACAAAAUCAACAAACUCAAUAUCCAAGCGGUAAGCUCGACUUACUAAGCCGACAGCAAAAUGAGCGCUCUAUUUCAACGUCGGGGCUGAAUGAGGAUGCGGCUUUAAAAGAAGCAACAAAUGUAUCGAAGACGGUUGACUUGCGCAAAAUAUUUACUCCUGCGACCGACACUAACGAGAUAUUGCCGAAAAAUCGGAAGCUAUAUGCCUCGUCUGCAUUUUAUUCUCCGUCACUACACCCUACUGUGGAAGACCAAGUAGAACUAGCACGAAGAAUAUCACAUUCAUUAAGUGAUAUAAGUAACCAAACCUCUAAGGGUCAAUCAAUGUAUGUCAAUCGAAAAAAACGCUCAGACAAGUGGGUUCAUGAAGGUAGCUCUCAAGGCAAUGAAUGCUCUAAUGGCGCUAUGAAUCAAUAUAAAGAGAAUUCAGAAAGGAAUUCCUCAUUGGAAAUUACAAAGUUGGAAAAAAUACCGCUUAAGCUCAUAAUGAACCCAAACGGAAAAGUCCGUGAUUAUAAUUCACUGAAAGAAUUGAUUAACGUUGAAGCUGGCCUUUUAUGUCCUGACAAUUGCGCUGAACUAAUAACUGCACUACAUCUUCAUCAAGGACGAGGUGCUGAACUUUUUGCGAAGCGCCGCAGAAAGGCUGAUAACUGGGUAGUUGAUGAAAGCAAUUUAGGAACUCAAAAUCAUCCAUCUGGUAUUCCAGAUCACCAGCAACAUCAACAAAGGGCGACUAUAUCACAAAACAUUUUUCCUGCAUAUUCUGAUGCGGGAAAACAUCGCGUUCAAUUAAAUAUUCAUCAAAAUCAGUUAAUCGAAAAGUAUUCAAGGCCAGGACUGCAAGUGGUUCAGUCGCCGUGGGAAGCAGCUUUAGAAACUGGUUCAGCAAGCUCAGCGUUUUUGGAGGAAAACAAAAGUCAAUGUGCCUUACGUACUGCCAUAUCACCAAUUCAAUAUUCCCAAUGUGCUAGCAAGGAUUUAACGGAUUCUUUGGAGCCCUUUGGAGCUUCUUUGGAACCCACACACUUUAGACCCCAGAAAAAUUAUACAAACAUCAUUGCUUCCCCGCCUCAAUCGUUUAAUGUGCCCUCAAACCCACAAAGGGAACUUGCAUAUACUCCAUCUGUUGCUCAAGGCUGGGGUGGUCGCACUGUGGAACUACCGAAAGAUUCAUUUUGGCAGACUCGCCCCCAGUAUGGGAACGCCGAUGACAGCACUCAUAAUUGUAAUUAUUUAUUUGGAGACCAUUUGGCUUCUGAUUUCGCUGUUAAUGUGGAGAAUCGAUUAAUUGAACUCGAAAAAUUUCAAAAGUACCUAAUGGAACAACCUGGUUUUAAAACAGAAAUGUUAAGGAACAAAGAAAAUGUUUAUAAACAUUCAACCAAACUAACCCUGGCGUCCCAAAGCUCAAAAGAUUUAAUACCAAAAUCAGAAAUUGACGUAUUAGGACGAAUUGAACAGAAAAUCAAAAACGACGUAGAUCAAACUGUAAAUGUUCGUGAUAUUAUACAAUCUUUUGAGGUACAAAACAUAACUGAAUCGACAAAAUGUCGAGCCAUCCAAGCUACAGAACCUAUGAACCAUGAAGGAUUAUAUGUUCCAAAAGAAAUAUCUCUUUCAAGCUAUGUAGCACCUCCGCAGCAGUACGGAGGGUACAACAAACAUUUUGAAUCACAACGCUCUUUAUCGGGCUCAUUACCAAAAUCUACUACAAAAUUGCUUGCAAACGAUGACAUAAAGAAAAGUUCAUUGGCACCGGAAUUUAAAAUUAGAUUUAAUACGGUUCCGCCAACUGAGCAGCUUCACUCACCGUGCAGCUAUAAAAAAAAACCAAACGGGGUCGAAAACUUUUCGCCUCAGGUCAAUUUUAGCCCGUCACCAUUGUCUUUUAAUAAAUUGGCUAUGUAUGAACAGCCUGAUCAGAGAAACAUGAAAAUUACAAGUAAUGCUUCACCAACACAAUAUGGAAUUACAUCCUUCGAACACGUGUCAGGGUCUCCAAGUUCAAUAGGAUCCGUUGAAUCACCACGUCAUAUGUUGCCAACUGGAUCUCUGAGAUGUGGACCUCUGACAACCGGCUCAGACUCUCCGCUGUCAAUUCGUGGUCAAAGCUUUAACAAAUGCGCCAGAGGUUGGGGAACCACACCCGACAAACAAGAACGAUACCGCUUGCCACUGGAAGGAAACUUGCCGUUCUCUGAUUUCUAGCUUUUUCUCAAGGACAUUAACGAUUUACGAAAUAUUUACUAACCGUUUUAAUUAUAAAUUGUAAUUUGUUGGUUUCUAUGGUUUUUUAAAUAAUAAUGGCACUACAUCGAAAA